UUUUUAAGACGUCGUCAAGGCUGUGGAUUGAUUCAUUGAACACAGGCCGUACACUUCAUUGUCAGAGCAGAUGGUUGCACGUCUCGCGUUGUGCAUCAGCCGCGAAGAAAACUUUCCAGAGGGACAAACCCCAUUGCAAUAUUGGCACCAUUGGUCAUGUUGACCAUGGGAAGACGACUCUGACAGCUGCAAUAACAAAAGUCUUGCAAAGAGAUAAACUUGCAAAGUUUCUCAAGUACGAUGAAAUCGACAAUGCUCCGGAGGAGAAGAAGCGUGGCAUCACGAUCAACGUUGCUCACGUCGAGUACAGCACACAGAACCGACACUACGGACACACGGACUGCCCGGGACACGCCGACUACAUAAAGAACAUGAUCACAGGUGCAGCGCAGAUGGACGGUGCUAUUCUAGUCGUGGCUGCAACGGACGGCUGCAUGCCGCAGACGAGGGAACACUUGCUUCUCGCCAAGCAGAUCGGCGUUCCCUACAUUGUCGUGUUCAUCAACAAGGCAGAUGCAGCAGAUGAGGAGAUGUUGGAUCUGGUGGAGAUGGAGAUUCGUGAGCUCAUGACAGAAUUGGGCUUCGAUGGAGAAAAGACUCCCAUCGUAAAGGGCUCAGCUCUCUACGCUCUCGAGGACAAGGAGCCGGCAAUCGGAGCAGAUGCAGUGAGGGAACUGCUGACAGCUGUCGACGCUUACAUACCAACACCCGAGCGCGAGCUGGACAAGCCGUUCAUGAUGGCCAUAGAGGGAACCUACUCGAUUCCGGGUAGGUGUAGUGUGAAAAGGUGUGAACAGGGUAAGUGCAGUGUGAACAUGGUAAGUCAGGUGAACAUUGGGAGCGAGUGUGAAAGGGUGAAGUGCAGUGUGAACAAGGUGAGUGCAGUGUACAGGGGAGUGCAGUGUGAACAAGGUGAGUGCAGUGUGAACAAGGUAAGUGGCAGUGUUGAACAAGGUGAGUGGCGUGUGAACAGGGUGAUGCAGUGUGAACAGGGUGAGUGGCAGUGUGAACAGGGUGAGUGCAGUGUGAACAGGGAUGAGUGCAAGUGUGAACAGGGUAAGUGGCAGUGUGAAGCGGGUAGUGCUAGUGUGAACAAGGGUGAGUGGCAGUGUGAACAGGGUGAGUGCGAGUGUGAAGCAGGUGUGAACAGGUGUAAUGAACUUGUGGGUUGUCCUCGGCAGAUCUACAUGCUCAGCAAGGAGGAAGGCGGUCGCUCGAAGCCGUUCACCGCCAACUACCAGCCCGUCGUGUUCUCCAAGACGUGGGACUGCACAGCGGCCAUCGAGCUUCCCACCAAGGACAUGGUGAUGCCAGGCGAGGAUGCCACCAUCAUACUAAACCUCAUCAAGCCCAUGGUGAUGGAGGCAGGUCAGCGCUUUACACUGCGAGAUGGACAGGUGACUCUAGGUACUGGUGUUAUGACCAAGAUGCUUGAGUCACAGUUGGAAGAUGCAGACAUCUUGAAGAAGAAGAAGAAGAAGUAGGCUCGCAGAGGCAAGAUACGGCGUGGAUUUUGUCAAAUUUAGACUAUUAAGUUACUGUUAUCGUCGUUCUCCCCCGUUUGAGAUCUUCCGGCUACAAGCGUCAAGCUCUUUUUCUAUAACAGCGCUACAUUUAUGCACCACUGAGCGAUAUUCGCGUCAGAAAAAAAGAGUGAAAUUAGAACGCUAGAGACUUCUAGAGGACAAUCACAGGACGUUAAAUUGUGUAGUGAUAGAACCUCGAACAACCAGGUGCGUCGCGUGCCUAGUGUUGUCAGUGCAAGUUAUUGGCAAGGCGACGGCUGCAUGCGAUUGUUAGACUGUUAUUGUCAGAAAUAAACAGCCGUACAGAAAGCGGUGUGGCUAAAGGGCA